GCCCUGGGUGUAGUUUGGAGCAGAGCUUUCCGUCAGGCAGGCAGAAGCCAAAGUCACCUCGCUGGAGAUCUGUAGGAUUUAGCCAAGCCAACAGGAUGGAAAUUCAAACCAGGAUCCACCAAGAUAUACCUGAAAACGGGGAAUUAACAACUGUGGAAGUUCCCAACAAUAACGUGCCCCACGAAAGUGGCGGCGAAGAUGAAAAGCCAGUGUCAAACUUGCAGAGGAGACGUAGCGAUGUGAAGGUGUACAAGGAAAUUUGUGAUUUCUAUGCUAGAUUCAACAUGGCCAACGCUCUUGCAAACGCAAUAUGUGAGCGCUGCCGGGCAGGAUUUGCGCCUGCAGAAAAAAUAGUGAACAGUAACGGAGAGCUGUACCAUGAGCAGUGCUUUGUGUGUGCUCAGUGCUUCCAGCAGUUCCCGGAGGGGCUCUUCUACGAGUUUGAGGGAAGGAAAUACUGCGAGCAUGAUUUCCAAAUGCUGUUUGCCCCCUGCUGUCACCAAUGUGGUGAAUUCAUUAUUGGCCGUGUUAUUAAAGCAAUGAACAAUAGCUGGCACCCAGAGUGUUUCCGCUGUGAUAUCUGCGACCAAGUUCUUGCAGACAUUGGGUUUGUCAAGAAUGCAGGCAGGCACCUUUGUCGUCCUUGUCACAACAGGGAAAAAGCCAGAGGAUUGGGCAAAUACAUCUGCCAGAAGUGUCAUGCUAUUAUUGAGGAUCAUCCACUCAUUUUUAAGAAUGAUCCCUACCACCCUGAUCACUUCAACUGUGCCAACUGCGGAAAGGAACUGACUUCUGACGCCCGUGAGCUAAAAGGGGAGCUGUACUGUCUGCCUUGCCAUGACAAGAUGGGUGUCCCUAUCUGCGGAGCCUGCAGAAGACCAAUUGAAGGACGCGUUGUCAAUGCCAUGGGCAAGCAAUGGCAUGUGGAGCAUUUUGUGUGCGCCAAAUGUGAAAAGCCUUUCCUUGGGCAUCGUCAUUAUGAGAGGAAGGGGCUGGCUUACUGCGAGACUCAUUACAACCAGCUUUUUGGUGACGUUUGUUUCCACUGCAAUCGUGUAAUUGAAGGUGACGUUGUGUCUGCUCUGAACAAGGCCUGGUGUGUGAAUUGUUUCGCCUGUUCCACCUGCAACACAAAACUAACUCUCAAGAACAAAUUUGUGGAAUUUGACAUGAAGCCUGUCUGUAAGAAGUGCUAUGAGAAGUUUCCUCUGGAGUUAAAGAAAAGGCUCAAAAAGCUAUCUGAAACCUUGGCAAGAAAGUAAAGAGCUUCCACCCUCCCCUGUGGAAUGGAAGACCUGAAGUUGCGUACAGAAUGCUGGGGAGAGAGAUGGACACAGAUCCUACUUGACUUUGUUCUGUUCACUGAGGCUGUUACCUGCACUAACCUUCACAGCAAAAUAAUUAUCUGCAUGAAUACGUCAUUUAACUGCCACAGGCUAUUUAUUCUCACCUCAUCUUCUAAGGAGCAUACUACUCUGUUGCUUUUUGUGGUACUUGCCUUGCUUUAUCAUGUGGUGGGGAGAGGUUUGCUGUGCCCAUCAUUCAAAGCUGCUAAGGACAGUUUCAUUUUAAUAUUAAACACAAAAAGAGAGCCUUAACCUUGGGACUACAAAUGUCAAAAUGUACUAGGAUUUUUGAUGUGCACUGCCCCAUUGCUCGAUGGCUGAAGUAUUACUCAACACUUUACUAUACACGGUGACUCUCCCUUUAUAGAUCUGACACAGGAACUAGGUCAUUAAUGGCUUAGUGACAUUUGUAAUCUUUAUCUCUACCGAUUAUAGCUCUACAAAUAUUCCUAGCUGAAUACGUUACAUAUUCAUUAUAGGGAUUCUGCAAAAGAGGUGGGUUUACAGAGUUAUAGAGCAGGACUAGCCAACGGUGAUGCUACAGCUAUCUCAGGAUGGUGGGAAUUGUAGUCCACGAACUGUUGUGCAGCCCUGCUUAUAACAGGAUGCCAUAUACCGCAGUUCUUUUGGAGGAAUGGUAGCUAGUUAUUUUUGGACUGCAGGGCCUGUCUGCCCAAAUUCUGCUCCAAGUAUGUCAGGAAGAGGAAACUGGCAGCCAUACGCUUAUUAAGAAAACAUAGCUUUUAAUUGUGUUAACUUGCACAACCAAUGCAGAACUAGUGCCUUGACCCAUGCAAUGUGGAAAGCAGACACAUCUCAAAUUUUAACCACAUUAGUUAUCUUAAAAGGGAAUAAUGAAAUGCGAUUAAUACAAAGCAACUUUGACAACUACUUGAAUGAUGUCCUUCUGUUUAAAAUGUUUCUUGCUGUGCACGUGUCUCUAGCCUUUUUUGCUUAUUAUUGUGUUUUAUUUUGUCCCAUAUCCUUUUAUUUCAAUGUGAUAGAUUUAUAGUCCCUGCUAUGUAUGUAAACUUGUAUGGGGAUGUGAGCUUGUUUGUCAUAUUCUAUGCAGUCCAUUCCCAAAAACAGUAUGCUUGUACCUAUACAUAUGAAGUAUUUUUAAUGCAAGUUAUGAACAUAUUUAGUUAUAUAAUCACGAAUUUAUAUCUAAUGGCUACUCUAUACUAUUACAUGUAAGAUGAAUAUUUUAUUUUUUACAAAGAUAUGUUGCCACUUUGUGCAAGAUGUUAGGUUUACCAGCAAUUUCGUGGUUUGUGGUAAGGAGCCUUCCUCUGGUAUCCGGCACACUGAAUUCUUACAUCUUGCCUUUAAAUUAACCGAGUUGUCCUCAUGUUGGAAAACCAUAUUGUCAGGACGUUUUUACAAAAUGAUUAAUAAAGUAUGUACACAUAUAAUAACCAUUCUAAGAA